ACAUUUUUUAGUGUUCUCAGCAUGGAGGUGCCAACCAGGAACGGUGAUUGCAGAAUUCAUAGCUUCAAGGCAGCAGACCUUGUUAUCAAGCUACCCACGGCUCCGGUAACCCAGCCCGACGUGUGCACCUUCGGGACGGUCUUCACCAACCACAUGCUGACCAUCGAGUGGGACGCCUCCGAAGGCUGGCAGGCGCCACUCAUCCGGCCUUUCAAGAACUUGUCCCUUCACCCAGCCUGCUCAUCACUGCACUAUGGAAUUCAGCUGUUUGAAGGUCUCAAGGCUUACCGUGGCGAUGACAAUCGAGUCCGUCUUUUCAGGCCGAUGCUCAACAUGGAACGGAUGGUCAUCUCCGCAAGGAGAGCUUGUCUACCAAUAUUCGACCCAUCAGAGUUGCUCGAGUGUAUCAGGAAACUUGUCGAAGUCGACCAGAACUGGAUCCCUUCCUCCAACACGACCAGUUUGUACAUCAGACCUACAUUGAUCAGCACCGAGCCAUCUCUGGCUGUAGAAAAACCCGGCCGAGCUUUGCUGUUUGUCAUCAUGAGCCCCGUGGGUUCUUACUUUACGGCGUCCAAAGAGAUAUCCUUGUGGGCCGACCCGAAGUACACACGGGCCUGGGAAGGAGGGACCGGAGACUGCAAGAUGGGAGGGAACUAUGGUGGCACCUUACUUGCGCAAUACGAGGCGAAGGAUUGUGGAUGUCAACAAGUUCUGUGGUUGUACGGGAAGGACCAUCAAAUCACUGAAGUGGGAACCAUGAAUAUCUUUAUCCACUGGAUCAAUGACAACGGAGAAGAAGAGCUUGCGACGCCACCUCUGAACGGCCUCAUCCUCCCAGGCAUUACCCGACGGAGCAUCCUGGAACUCACCAGAAAAUGGGGGGAAUUUAAAGUAUCAGAGCGCGACCUGAACAUGGCCGAGCUCUGCGGCGCUCUCAAGCAGGGCCGCGUCAAGCAGGUGUUCGGUUCGGGCACUGCCUGCAUGAUCUGCCCAGUGGGGGAAAUCGUUUACUUGGGAGAGCGCUUACACAUCCCCUGUCAGGACAUGAGUUCACAGCUGAGUGCUCGUAUUUGCAAGGAACUCACAGAUAUUCAGUGCGGACGCACACCCAGUGAUUGGACAACCCUCGUCUAACCCGGACUGGAAAAUUUAACUCUCAUGCAAUCUUUUCACUGUCCUUGCAUUGUACUGAGAAUGGAAAAAGAAAAUUGUGCAAAGUGCAUGAAGUGACUUGUCUCAUGCAAUCGUG